CCUCCUCCCCCUCCCACCAGCAAGCUGCAGGGAAGGCGAGCGAGGGCGCCAGCCGGAGUCAUGGCGCUUCUUUUCUCCGCCAUCCGUGUGGUCCUGGGCCUUUUCUUUUCGCUCUCUGGAGUCGUCAAGCUGACCGAUCGGAUUUCAAGCGAAGUUUAUCAGCAGCUGAAAUCGCAAUUUGUGCAGUUUGCCGAUGUCUUUCCGCUGAAGGAGUUUGGCUACAAGCCAGAGCCAGGCCGGUACUUGGAAACGGUGGGCUGGAUAGAAGUCGUGGCUGGUUUCCUCUUGGCCUUUGGGCCUCAACUCUUGCAGGAAAUCAGCAAUUUUGUGCUCACUAUCAUCAUGAUAGGUGCCCUCUACACCCUCUUGGUUUUGAAAGAGCCCAUUGCCAUGUGUGCCCCUGCCACUGUUUGCUUGGGUCUUCUGCUUCUCCUCAAUAUCCGAGGAAGAGGAAGAUCGGCCAAGUCAAAGUUUGAGUGAGGGAGCAUGGGGAGUAGAUCUGGAGAGUUGGAAAUGAUGCUGUUGAGAUGGCACCUCUCUGUCCUGUUGGUGAUUUUCUGUCUGUGUGCACUCCGCCCCCCGCCUCAGUCCUUUCAAACUUGGCAUAAAUUGGAUCCCACGGAUGUAUAAUCCAGGAGGCCUUUGUGAACUUGAGAUCAUUGUAAAUUAGGGGUGGGGAACCUUUUUCCAGCCCGGGAGCCACAUUCCCUUCUGGAAAACCUUCCAAGGGCCACCGGCCACUGGUGGGCAGGGCCACAGGCCAAAGUGGGUGGAGGAACAGAUGAAAUGUUUACCUUUGUACAGUAGGCUAGUUUUCACACACACUCACACACUCUUUCAUCCUCUGUCCUGACAAGCAAGGGGGAUUAUUGGAAUUCAAGGACACGUCCUAGCCAGGCAAAAACGGGUGUGAAGCAGAGGGACUGAGGUUUGGGGAGAGGGGGUGUGGCACUGGGAGUGUCCCAUGGGCCAGACAGAGAGGACUGGAGGGCUUGAUGUGGCCCCUGGAGCUGAGGUUCCUCAUUGCUGCUGUAAAUCAAGGGCAGCCAGACUUUGGGGGCUUUCUCCUUUACCACUUUUGUCAGUGCUCAUUCUUUUCUUUGAUCUGGACAUUGUUUUCAGUGCUUAAACUCGUCAAGUGCUGUCUUUAUUUCAUAGCUUGGGGAAACGAAGGAAGGAAAUUGAGGUGGGCAGUGCGGGGGAGGGAGAUAAUAUUUGGGGAAAUCCUCACUGUGGGGAGGAGAGCCUGGCUGGGAGUCCAGUGUCUGAGAGUUCAAACCCCCACUCAUGUCUCCUGGGUGUCAAGGGCCAGCUAAAGAUCACCCCACAGUGAGUGGCUCACGGGUUACGUGCCCUGCCACCUGGGCAGCCGUGGGCAAGCUGCAUCGUCCCAAGGAGCUCAGUUGCCUCCCAGCUGGCAGUUGUGGACAAGGAAGGGGCUGGCUUGUGCAGCUGUGGCAAGCUGAGCAGGCCCUAGCCAGCUGGGGAGGACUAGGCUCUGAGGGAGGCCAUGGGAAACCCCCUCUGAAUACCGUUUACCAUGAAAACCCUAUUCAUAGGGUAGCCAUAAGUCAGGAUUGAGUUGAAGGCAGUCCAUUUCCAUUUUCAUUUCCAACAUAUGUUGGCUGAAAAUAGAAGUGCACUAUUUUGUUAAAAAACCUGGUGCAAGACAGUCCCUUUUCUAGCCCAGGAUGAGCCAUUUCUGUGGGGUUUCUUGACUGGCACUCAAGGCUUUUGUUGACUAACACAUGAGGAUUUCGACUGGUUUUCCUACCAGCAGAGAAAAUAUAUACACAUGUGUAUUUCAGGGAUAUGUCUACACGACAGACUCAGGAUGGUAUUGAAUGCUGGUCUUCCUCAGAGUAGACCCAUUAAAGUCAAUAAAUGUGACCAAUUUAGAUUCAUUAAUUUCAGUGGGUCUACUCUGAAGUAGGAUUCAGUUGACUAUAACCCUCAAGCUGCUUUUAAAAAAAAUAUUAUCUGUUGCAGUUUCCCCAAAGAAAUCCUGGGAAGUUUCAAGCCCUAGGUUUUACACAAUCCUUUAUCUUAACAUGAGAAGUGCCCUGCUGGAUUUGGCCAAAGACCUGCCUAGUUUAGUGUGUUGCUUACUGCCGUGUCCAGCCAGAUGCUAAUGGGAAGUCCACAAGCAGGUCAUCAGGGCUAUAAUACUCUCUCAGUCAUGUUCCCAGUUGCCUCUUCUCUUUAGUUUCAGUCAGAACCCUUUUCUUGCCCUACUUGCAGAUGCCGGGGAUUGAACCUGGUACCUUCUGCAUACAAAGCAGAUGCUCUAGUACCAAACUGCAGCCUUUCCCCCUAGAAUUUGCCUGCUGGGAGAGUGCUUCUCAGCAAGCAUGCCUCUUGAAGAGAGAUGGGCGCCUCCCUGGCCUUGUACCCUUUGAAACGUAUGAAAGAAUUGGGGUGGGAGGGAGCUUACCAGAGGACAAGCUCUCACCAUGGCAUGCUGCAGAGGGGAUUUGCCAUUACCGGUUUAUGUUGCAAACUAGGGGUGGCCUAUCUCCUACAUGAACCUGCCUAUCAACUGAGGUUGCUAUCUUCUCCAGGAGCCCUUGCCUUCUGAGAAGAGAUGGGGAACCUGUGGCCCUCUAGCUGUUGGACUACAGUCCCCACCAUCCCAGUCCAUCUGCCAUGUGGUCUGGGGCUGAUCGGAGUUGAAGGCCAGAACAGUGGUUCCCAGACUUUUUUGUCCUACGGGCCAUGCUAAAAUUGCGGAGAGUCUUGGCAGACCAUUAAGGGUCAUUAAUCAUUUUUCUGCCUGUUGUAGCAAUUGUAAUGGGAAGUGCUAAAGGCUGUAAAUUGCUAAUUGGUUUUUUUUAAUUGCUUCUGCUUUUCAUAUAUUGCAUUUUACUGAAUUACAGUUAGAAUUCCAUAGAAUUCAAAUUGCAAUACAAUAAAAUAAAUAUGAGAAAUAAAAGAAGCAAUAAAAUACAAUUAACAGUUGAUAUGAAUAUUUAAUGUGAUGGAUAUGCUAUCUCCUGUCUUUAACCACAAAUUCAGGGACGCACUGUGGGGCAUCUGAAUGAAAUAGACCAGUGGUUCCCAAUCUUUGUGAGUACGGGACCCCCUUUAUAAGCUCAAAAAAUUUCUUGAUCCCCUCCAGGAAGGAAGAGGGAAAGCAGCCUUUCUUUGCAGCCUUGCUUCUUUUUGCUCCACAAAAGCUCUCUCUCGUUCUGAGUAAGGGUGUCCUCAGCAGUGGCAGUGCGAGGAGACGGGAGUAGGUGAUAGUAAUCCCUUCUUCUUCCUGGUAUUUCCACCCUCAGCCUCCUUUGGCAUCUGCCAUGUAUUUUAUAGGCAGAAGCCUACCCUUGAUGCACCUGAAAGGAGCUCAGGCGCUUCAGCAAAAGCCCUUCCCUCUCAUUUGGAGCGAGGUGUCAUCUGCAGCGGCAGUGGGAAGCAGACAGUGUCCAGGGAGUGAAGACUUCUUUUAAAAAAUUGAUAAAUCAUUUCUUUACUGUUUGCGGCCCCUCUGGAUUUCUUCGCGGGCCCCCUGGGGGUCACGGCCCCAAGGUUGGGAAUCACUGAAAUAGACCACUGGUGGUCUGUGGACCACAGCUUGGGAACCCCUGAUCUAGAAACAUCUGGAGGGCCACAGGUUCCCUAUCCCUGUUUGGGAGGUUAGGCAUAAUGCUACCGGAGCCUGGGCUUUUUCCAUGGUUUGCACCCUGAUUAUGAAAUGCCUUUCCUAGAUAUGUGCAUCAGGUGCUGUCUGUUACCUCUUUCAGAAGCAGCCAAAGUCCAUCCUAUUUCAAUUGUUAUAUAUGUUUUUGAUGCUGGCUCUACUGUUUAGCUUUUGUAUGUUUGUUUCGCAGGGUGGGAAUAUUCUUUUUCUGUCUCCUUGGCUCCUCUUGGGGAUUAAUAGGUAUUGUUUAAAGUGUUGAUUGAUUUCUACCUUGUUUCAAUUUGCCUUUGUUUUCAUGGAUGCUGUCGGUGGCUCGGAUAGCCAGUGUUGGUGGAAGAGGCUGGGCAGAAACUUUUUAAACAAGUAAAUAAAAUAACUGGUUGUCAAGUGGGCAACGUAAGA